AUGUUGCAGUGGGAUGCUUUCUACAUCAAUGUCAGGUUUUUAAGGAUGGGUAGUUGUUUACAAGCUAUUUUUGUUGCAAUGUUUGAUACAUAUUCCAAUGAAAUUCCAUUUUUAAAAGUUCCUGAAGUCGUGGUCAAGGCAUGUAAGCAAGUUAAAAGCUUGGAUCUUUCUUUGCUGAUCUUCAGAGCUCCACUCUUUUUCUUCCUCUUCUCCGGUGCUAAUGACAGUGUAUGCAUUACUUCUUCAAAGUUGCAUGGUUUAGUGAAGGGCAAAAUCAUCAUUUAUUAAAAACAUUAACAGUUGAGUAUGUGUCUGUGAUGUGUUGAUUUUCUUUAAAAGUUGUUCAUUACGAGAGGAUAUUAUUACUUAAACAUCUUCUUGGUGGUGUGGUGAAAGGAGAAAGAAGAGAAAAGAGCUUAUAGUUAGAUGUGAAGGUGUCAAAAGAAUCAUACGUGGAGGGGUAUCUGUUUGUAUUACUUUAAAAUUUGUUUAUGACCUUAGGUCAAAUGGUUGAGGCAUGCUAUCAAUAAUAAGGAACUGAAAAUCAUGAAAAUAGAGGAGAAUUGUC